AUGGAUACAGAUUACGACGUUAUUGUUUUAGGCACAGGUUUGACUGAAUGUAUCUUAUCUGGUCUUCUCUCCGUGGAUGGCAAGAAGGUGCUCCACAUGGAUCGUAACGAUUAUUACGGUGCUGAAUCUGCCUCUUUAAACUUGACUCAAUUUUACAGCAAGUUUAGACCUGGCCAAAAGGCUCCUGAGAGCUUGGGCCGUGAUCGCGAAUGGAACAUUGAUUUGAUCCCUAAAUUCAUGAUGGCUAACGGCGAAAUUGUGCGCUUCUUGACCCACACUGACGUUACUCGUUAUCUUGAAUUCAAGCAAAUUGCUGGUUCCUAUGUCUACAGUGGCGGCCGUGUGAGCAAAGUGCCUGCUAAUGCCGCCGAGGCUCUUUCAUCUCCUUUGAUGGGCAUUUUCGAGAAGCGUCGUAUGAAAAACUUUUUGGUUUGGGCCGAAGCUUACAAGGACAACGAACCUGCCACGCAUCAAGGUCUUGAUAUUGAUCGUAACACAGUAACCGAAGUCUACAAAAAGUUCGGUUUGAGCACUGGCACCCAAGAGUUCAUUGGUCAUGCCAUGGCUCUUCAUUUGGAUGAUAGCUAUCUCAAUCAAACUGCUCGUGACACCAUUGAAAAGGUCAGAUUGUACGCUGCUUCUGUGCUUCGCUAUGGUAAAUCCCCUUACAUUUAUCCCUUGUACGGUCUUGGUGAUUUGCCUCAAGCUUUUGCCAGACUUUCCGCUGUUUACGGUGGUACCUACAUGUUAAACACAGAUGCCAAGGAGCUGGUUUAUAACGAUCAAGGCAAGGUAACUGGUGUCAAGGCUAAUGGUGAGACCGUCAAUGCCAAGAUGGUUAUCUGUGAUCCUUCUUAUGCACCUCUCAAUGUCAAGAAGGUUGGUUCUGUUGUUCGUGCCAUCUGUCUUUUGACACAUCCUAUUCCCAGCACAAAUGACAGUGAUUCUUGUCAAAUUGUUAUUCCCCAAAGUCAAGUGGGUCGCAAGCACGAUAUUUACAUUGCCUGUGUCAGUGAUGCUCAUAUGGUCUGUGCCAAGGGUUACUAUUUGGCUAUUGUGUCUACCAUUGUUGAAACCUCUAACCCUCAAGAAGAAAUCAAGGAAGGUUUGAAGCUUUUAGGCCCCAUUCAAGAUGUAUUCGUCCAUGAAUCUCCUUUAGAGGUCCCUAUUGAAGAUGGCAAGCAGGAUAAUGUCUACAUUUCUCGCUCUUAUGAUGCUACUUCUCACUUUGAGACAGUCUGUGAUGAUGUUCAUGACAUGUGGCGCCGUAUCACUGGUGAGCCUUUGGUUCUCAAGAAGAGAGAGAACGAGGAAGAUGUCAAUGCCACCGCCUAA